UCAGAGUGAGCAUUAGAGGGCUUUUCUAAACCAUCCGUGUCUGUUGAAAUCGAACUGCACGCGGAAGAAAUCAGCUAGCUAUUAGAAAGUUUAGCUAGAAAACCAACAGUAAGAAAGCAUUUUCUCUUGGCUGACCAGUUAGCUGUGCUGAAGGCAACAUGAGCCGUGUAGUUAGUACCUUGCUGUUUUCAGUGCUUCUACUUCUGACCCACAGAAUUGAGGAGCUGGUGGAGGCGUGCAGCUGUGCCCCUGCUCAUCCGCAGCAGCUCAUCUGCGACUCGGCUUUAGUGAUUCGAGCAAAAAUAUCCAGUGAAAAGGUGGUUCCUGCCAGUGAUGAUCCUCUUGAUACCCACAAAAUGAUCCGGUAUGAAAUCAAACAAAUAAAGAUGUUUAAAGGAUUUCAAAAGCUCAAGGAUGUCCAGUAUGUCUAUACCCCUCUUGAUUCGUCACUCUGUGGAGUAAAACUAGAAGCUAACAACAAAAAACAGUAUCUUUUGACAGGCCAAAUUUUAAGUGAUGGUAAAGUCCUCAUCCAUUUAUGCAACUACAUUGAACCAUGGGAUGAUUUAUCCUUGUCUCAAAAGAGGAGUCUUAACCAGAGAUAUCAAAUGGGCUGUGGCUGCAAAAUUACUUCCUGCUACACGGUGCCCUGUUCAGUCACUACACCAAAUGAGUGCCUCUGGACAGACUGGCUGAUAGAAAGAAAGCUAUAUGGGCAGCAAGCCAAGCACUAUGCCUGUAUCAAGAGAAGUGAUGGCACUUGCAGCUGGUACCGAGGUGAUCCUCCCUCAGAGAAAGACUUUAUUGAUAUCAGCGAACCUUAAAAUGAUCACUUCCUACAAAGCCUUGGAGUCUAAUUCCACCACACACUGCACGCUCACAGCUUUGAACUGCCAUUGUCUAAUGUAUCUGUUGCUUAGAAACAAAAACAUACUGUCCUGUACCGCUAAAGUACCAGUCUAUGGAACUGGCACUCAUGCAAGAUGAGGAACAAAUCUCCUGGAGGUAGCUACUCUGUAAAGUUAUGCUUUGUACAGAGAGGCUCAAGCUGAGAAUGCUCCUCCGUGUCCUCUAAGGCGUAACAAGUUUCCCUUUUACCAAUAUGAAUGUAUAAGAACAAAUGAAUUGCCAGAAUUUUGUCCCCUAUUUCUGUUAACCUACAGAUUAAGAGAGUCCCAUGUUUUACUCCAAAUCUUUCUGAACAACUAUGGAAUGUUUUAUAGAACUAUUUUUUUCUGUAUGAAAGUCUUCUGAUACAAAAGAAUUAUUGUACAGUGUAUAUGUAAAGUAUUAUAACAAUGUACUAUUAAAAAAGAUUCAAAAAGCCCUGUAUUUCCCUAUCUGUUGAAACGAGUUGAACACUUCUGUGAUUAAAACAAUCUGUG